AACAGAAAGGAUGUGCUGUGUUGGUUAAAAAAUGUAAGAAAUUGGGGGACAUUUAUGCCGAGGAUGGGGUAGCGGAGGAAACAAGGGAGAGGGGGAUGUAGUGGGUGACGGAAAGAACCAGAUGUAGGAAGGAAAGAAGGGAAACAGCAAGACAAUCGGAGAAGGGGAAUGAAUCACAGAAAACUGGUCUUUCUUUGUCUGAUGACUGUAUUCCAAAUCGUAAUAAGCUGAUCCGGCAGCAACUGGAGUUGGAUGAGGUACGAAGGCUGUUUGGGUUGGGGAAAAGAUUGGGGAUUCAAUGUCAGAAUAAUGAGGAAGAGGGGUUUGGGUAAUGGGUUGAAAAGGAGGGAGAUUCUUAAGUUAGUUAAGAAGGAGAAUCCAGAUUUUUUGUUUCUUCAAGAAACUGAAUUAGAAGAGGUUGAGGAGUCUUUGUGUCGGGCAUUGUGGAACUCAGAUAAUUUUGAUUGGGUUAUGCAGAAAUCAAUGGGCAACUCAGGGGAGCGGCUUCAUUGGGUUUUUGGUGAAUGGGGUGAGGAGAGGAAAAAAUGUAAUUUACUCAAUGCGUACACUCCUUGUGAUAGGCAGAGGAAGGUUUUGUUGUGGGAGGAGAUUGUUGGACGAGUUUUAGAAGAGGGUGGGUGUUGGUUGUUAGCAGGCGAUUUUAAUGAUGUCCAGAAUGUAUCAAAACGAAAGGAAAUGAGUUUAUUGGCCACGGAGUGGGUUCAAGAAGGUGUUACAAGGUCAGUUUCUGAUCAUUGUGCAAUAAUUCUGAAGUCAAGGAAUACAAAUUGGGGUCCAAAGCCUUUUCAGGUAAUUGAUGCGUGGCAACAACAUCCAGAUUUCAGAAGUUUUGUAGAUGAUAGGUGGAAUGCUUUGCAAGUUGAUGGAUGGGCGGCUUAUAAAUGCAAGCAGAAGCUGAAGUUAAUGAAGGAUGAAUGUAAAAGGUGGAAUAAGGAAGUUUUUGAUAAUGUGGAGACUUGGUGGGGUAUAUUAUCAAAGGAAAUUGAAGCGCUAGAUAUAAAAAGUGAAAAGAUUGAAUUAGAUGAGAAUGAGGUGUUACUCAGAAGGGAGUGUUUUCAGGAGAUGUGGGAAAUUUUGACGAAAAGAGGCGCUAUGUGGAAGCAGAAGUCAAGAAAUAAUUGGAUUCGUCUUGGGGAUGCAAAUACCGCUUUUUUCCAUAGGUGUGUUCAUGCACGGAGAGCACAAAAUGCAAUUUCAGGUAUCUUAGGAGAGGAUGGGUGGGUUGAGGAGCCAAUUAGGGUGAAAGAGGAGGCAGUGAGGUAUUUUAGUCAGUUGUUUCAUAAUGAACAGUGGAAACGUCCAGUGUUGGGUGGAGUUCAUUUCAACAGAAUCUCAAUUGCACAAAGGGAGUGGUUGGAAUGACCUUUUUCAGUAGAGGAGAUUGAAGAGGGACUACAGAGCUGUGAUGGGGUGAAGGCGCCAGGACCAGAUGGGUACAAUUUUAAUUUUAUAAAAUUUGCCUGGAGUA